AUGGGCGGCGCCGAAUCGGCCGAGAUGGACCCCAAGCAGAAGAAGAAGGCGGCGGCCAAGCAGACGCAGGUGAAGAAGACGGUGGAGGGCGGCGUGACCACGUACACGACCGCGACCUCCGCUGGGAAGACGCCCGUCACGGACUUCGAGGCCGUGAGCGAGCGCAAGAGCAGCGGCAAGACGCCGCACGAGCCCGAGACGGAGCCGAGCGACCCCAGCAAGACGCCCGCGGAGGACGUCAAGACCGAGGUCUUCCGCACGGAGGAGCCCGACGGAUGCGUCGUCGUCAAGACCGUGAAGACCACGCGGCGCACGACCACGAGCCCGACCGGCGGGCCCGUCACGACGGUUGAGGUCGAGACGACCACGGAGACGACAGCUACAAACGGAGAGACGACAACGUCAGUCAAGACCGAAACGACGACAGAAAUGCAGGGCAAGAGCAUGCACCAGGGCCACACCGCUGCGGGCCAGGGUGAAACUUCAACUACGCAGCAAUCAGCCGGUGCCACCCGCUCCGUUAAGGAGGCCGGCACUCCGGCGAAGACGGUGCAGACGGAGGUGUUCCAGUCGCAGGAGGCCGACGGCAGCAUCGUGACCAAGACGGUGAAGACGACGACGCGUAUCUCCAAGUCCACCAGCGGCGAGCUGGUGCGCACGAUCGAGGUGGAGACCACGACGGAGACGGAGAUGACCUCCGGCGAGAAGAGCACGACCGUGGAGACGGAGACGCGUGAGGAGACGGAGACCGAGGAGAGCGCGGUGACGUCUGGCAGCACGACGUCGGUGUCGGGCGCUCGCGCCAUCCGCUCGACCGUGGAGGCCGGCGCGGCCCCGGGCGAGUCGGUGCAGACGGAGGUGUUCCAGUCGCAGGAGGCCGACGGCAGCAUCGUGACCAAGACGGUGAAGACGACGACGCGUAUCUCCAAGUCCACCAGCGGCGAGCUG